AUGGAUUUACAGGAAGAGAAAGGUGGAUCUACCAAGCCGCGGCUCUGGCCCAAUCAUGAUGAUUCGAGCGUCGAGUCCUUGGAAAAGGACCUUGCUGCAGCUAUUGCCUCCGAUCAUGCCCAGGAGUAUGAUCGCGCUACAGGACACCGAGUCUUGCGAAAGAUCGAUUUGUAUCUGAUCCCAUGGAUGUGGCUUGGCUAUGGAUUCGUCUACUAUGACAAGGCCAUCCUAGGCAGCGCUGUCCUCUUCGGCAUGACCAAAGACCUCUCCCUCAGCGUUGUCGAUACACGCACCAACCCCGCAACAACCGUCACAACACGCCUGAGUUGGGCAACAUCAAUCUUCUACUUCGGCAUGCUCGCCGGUCUCUACCCUAUGACUUUCAUGCUCCAGCGCUUCCAGAUAGGUAGGGUACUGGGCGUUCUAGUCAUCCUCUGGGGAAUGAUCGCUAUGCUUACAGCCACUGUCACGUCUUGGCGGGGGCUUUUUGCUCAGCGCUUCUUCCUUGGGUUUGUCGAGAGCGUGAUACCGACUGCUUUCAUGUGCAUUGUCAGCGGAUACUAUACGCAACAAGAACAAGCUCUUCGCCAAAGUUGGUGGUUUUCUUCAACCGGUGGUUGGACGAUUAUCGGAGGUGCUUUGAACUACGGCUUUGCUCAGAUCACGGGUGGAUCGUUGGCGAGAUGGCAGUAUAUUUAUCUGUUGGCUGGCUCGCUGACCGUGCUCUUUGGAUGUGUGUGUUUUGCAGUUCCUAAUUCCGAGGUGUCGGCUUGGUUCCUUACGCCGGCAGAGCGCAUAGUUGCUGUGGAGAGGCUGCGGAAAGGCCAGACGGGCGUACGUUGUCAGAAAUUGAAGGGUUCGCAGAUUCGAGAGGCAGCAUUGGAUGUUAAGAUAUGGCUCGUUGCGCUCAUGAUGGCGGCUGCGUAUACUGUUAAUGGUGCUGUCAGUGGCUUUGGACCUCUUAUUGUGUCCACAUUUGGCUGGUCGACCCUUGACUCAAUUCUUCUCCAAUUUCCGCUAGGUGGGGUCUGCUUCAUCUUCAUUCUCCUCACCGGUUACCUUUCCAGCAAGAUACCUAACAUUCGCCUCGUUCUCCUGAUCCUCUGCUGCUUGCCUGUAAUCGCUGGGUGUGCAAUGAUCUGGCGAAGCAGCUGGACCCAUCGAGCUGCCACACCUGUAGCUGGCUACACUAUCAUUGGAUUCUUUGGGCCGGUGGUCAGUCUAAUCAUUAGUAUCGGCAUGGCCAACGUUGCAGGCGCCACCAAGAAGAGCUGCACAGCAGCCGCCAUCUUUGUUGCGUACUGCGUGGGAAAUAUAAUAGGACCGCAACUCAUCAAAACGCCGACGAUUAAACGACAUUACCCCGAGUUGUGGCUCGGCCUCAUUAUUUGCUACUGCGUUGUCAUCAUUCUGGCCAUCGCAUUAUACUUUGUCCUUGAUGUGGAGAACAAGCGCCGAGAGAGUCUCCGAGUGGAUGAGGAAGAGCGAGAUCGACUGGCGUUCAUGGAUCUGACUGACAAGGAGAACCCAUACUUUCGAUACGUGCUAUAA